AGGGUGAACUUCCUGACCAGUGGGCUUCGUGAACGUUGGUACCACGUGGUUAACGUCGCCUUGCACUGCGCAUGCACCGCCCUAGUUGCUGUGGUAGCGCGCACCGUUCUCGAGAUGGCGCCUUUGCAGGCCACCCUGGCUGCGAUGCUGUUUGCAGCACACCCAGUACAUACCGAAGCCGUGUCCAACAUUGUUGGCCGGGCAGAAGUGCUGUGCUGCUUUUUCUUUCUUCUGUCAUUCCUCUGCUACCACAGGUGUACCGUGACAAGUGACCCACUGGCAAGAUCUGGAGGAACAAGGUGGCUCGCGGCCUCCACCCUGUUCUCCGUCGCAGCGCUGCUCUCGAAGGAACAAGGAAUCACUGUGCUGCCGCUGUGCAUUGUUCUGAGGAUAUGCACGCUGUCGUUUGACACCGCGCUUUGUCACCAGCGCCAGGGCCAUUGGAGUCGCCAUCGAGGGUGGCUUACCUGCCGACACUGCAUACGAGAAAGUGCGAACCGAAUCGUGCGGGAUCGUCUGGUGCUGACCCUGGCAGCAGCGUCGGCCACGCUGCUAUCGUUCAGGCUGUGGAUGCUGCAUGGGAACUUGCCUGAGUUUUCCGAGAUGGACAACCCAGCUUCGUUCUCCAAGGUGUUUUCGACGAGGGUGUUGACGUACAGCUACCUUUGCGCCUUCAACGCCUGGCUCAUCAUGUUCCCACGCACGUUGUCGUACGAUUGGCAGAUGGGCAGCAUCCCCCUUGUGGAGUCACCAUACGACCCCAGGAACCUGGCGACUAUGGCAUUGCUGGCAACGCUGGCAGCACUCGCCUGGCGGUCGUUACUCGCUUCACACGCGAGAAGGGACGAUUUCCGGCGGAUUCCCGAAAGAGAUGGUCGCAUGGCUGAAGAAGGCUGCGGUGAACCCUGCUCUGGUCGCCUGUUGCCCCUGCUGCUCACUGUGCUGCCUUUUCUGCCAGCGUCGAACCUGUUCGUGUCUGUCGGCUUCGUGGUUGCAGAGCGGGUGCUGUACAUCCCCAGCGUCGGCGUGUGCCUGCUCGUCGGGGAAGGCCUGUGCCGACUGCAGACCCUGGGGCUGCGAACGCUGAGGUGGCUCGGCGUGCUCUGCUGCUUCGUCGUGGUCCUCGUGUUCGCCCUUCGCACCUGCGACCGCAACAACGUGUGGCUCUCCCGUGAGGCGCUUUUCGAAUCUGGCAUCACAGAUCUCUCUAGGAACGCCAAGGUGCAUUACAACUACGCAAAUCUUCAGAAGGACCUCGGGAACUCAGAGCUGGCCAUCAAGCACUACAGGAUGGCGAUAAAACUCUGGCCAAAGCAUGCCAGCGCGCAUAAUAACCUGGGCACGGUGCUUGCGUCGACCGAUGAAUCGGAAGAUCACUUCCGGCACGCUUUGCGGAUCAACCCAAACCAUCCGGGAGCUCACUUUAACCUGGCGAACAUCUACAGCAAGCGGGGUCAAAAGGACGUGGCACGGACGCUACUGGAGCGUGCCUUGGAGCUGGAACCCGAUUUCUGCGAGGCUUACUCGUCGUUGGCGGCGCUUGCCGCCGAAGAGGGAGACCAGGCGGAGGCCGAGAGGCUGCACCAGAUGGCGCUGAACAGCGACGACCGCAAUGCCGACGCUCGCAACCAUUAUGGAGCAUUCCUACAGACACAGGGGCGCAUGGAGGAGGCCAUGGCUCAGUACCAGCGGGUUCUGCAUACCCAGCCUAAUCACACCGCUGCUUUGCUGAACGCCGCAAGAAGCUUGCGUAGCAUGAACUUUAACAGGCAGGCUGAAAACCUCUACAAAAGAGCACUAGCCGUCGAGCCGGAUCCCCAAGUGAUGGACAACCUCGCCGUGUUCUACGUGAAUGCCGGUCGCCUGGACGAGGCACAUCAGCUCUUUGAAGAUGUGCAGGGGCGCUUUCCAGAGCACCUGGAUAGCAAAGUUCACCAUGCUCAGCUACUCGUCCGUCUCAGGAGUUUCCGCCAAGCUGAACAUGUGCUGCUCGAGGUCAUCGAAAAGAACGCCACUGACCGAGAGGCGCUACACACGGCUGCGCUUCUCUACAAUCACACCAACCGUACGGUUGAGGCAAUGGACUACAUAUUGAAGGCAUUGAAGCAGUGCGGGGUGCGUGACCGGUCUUGCGCCAGAAUACAUUCCGAUCACGGUGACAUCCUGAAGGACUACGGCGAUCUGAGUUCCUCAGCGCAGAGUUACGAGGUUGCGAUUGAACUGCAACCAGAUCUGCCGCAUGCGCAUUUGAAUCUUGCUGUUAUCAGGCACUUGGAGGGUGACUACUCGGGUGCAUUUAGACACUACCAGGUGGCUCUCUCGCUCGACCCCAAGAAUAAGCUCAUCAUAGACAACAUGGCCAAACUCAGGCGGCACCUGACUCGGCCUCAGCGCUCCCAAGACUGCCUUUAAGAUCAUAGCGCUUGUGAAAUGUACAACCAGCCCCACUUCAGCUCCCUCAGGCGAAGCAC